AUGUCUCAAGCCAAAUUAACACUCAGACCACCGCCAAACGUCGAGUUCGUCCAAGGCUAUCCUGGCAUCCCUCCCGGCGCACCCGACCGCCCCCAAGCUGCCGUUAAGGGCGCUAUCGAGGUGCGGCUGGGACCGCAGGGCGUCAAGGCAAAAUACGUCCGCAUCGAGCUGCGCAAGGUCGAGACCUUGCCUGGCGGCGGCCAACAGAACACCUUCGUCGACUACGUCGGACAGAGCCCCAUUAAUUUGUGGCAGUCGAGCGAGGAGUUCAGCACGUUGCAUGCGCAAGACAUUCCUUUCUAUAUCCGAAUACCAGAAUCCAUCGCGCCCAGCCUCGCGCUCGAGAAGGGAGCGGGUGUGAAGUAUGAGCUAGUGGGACAGGUCUGUGUUCAGGGUAAAACGAGCUUCUUCCGUCGCAGCAAACCCAUCGUCCUCUCUACAUCGGCGUCCAUCAUCAUCGACAAGCACGAGCUGCAUUCCACCUGGCCGGUCUAUCAGCAACCGGAAUCACGCCAUCUCACACAGGACGCGGUCGUUCUCACCGUCGACCGCUCGCAGAACUGCUACGGCCCGGGCGAUCGCGUGUCCGUGACGGCCACGGUCAGGUCUGACAGCCUCCACACCGUCAUCCUGCGCGGGUUCGAGUUCACGCUGAAGGAAACGACGAUAUUCCGCGCGGGGCCGCACUCGACGAGCAAGAAGGGCGCGCCGCAGGUGAAGAUUAACAUCAUUGGGGAGCAGAAGGUCCCUGUGAAUCAGACGCUGUAUGGCGGAACGGCACACAAGACGGAGCUCGCGUGCACGAUCCCUACAUCGCACACGACGACCACGCUCACUUCGGCGAGACACAUUGAUAUCACCUACAUCUUGGGGGUCAAGGCCCUGAUGGGCACAGGCAAACCUCUGAUCAUGGAGUUGCCCGUUAUCGUGUCCAAUUGGCCCAGAUAUGUUUCCGCCGAAGCGAUCAGACGAAUCGGCAACGCACCGAUCCCUACACCCCUGCCGGCCCUGCAAGCGCCGUGCAAUCACACACCAUCGCCGAGCGCAUCUCCUCGCACCAUGCCCAACAUGAACGGCGCGGUGACGACCUCCAUUGGCCGUGUCGACGAAUUCGGCUUCGUGCGCCCGAGCUCAUCGGGUGGGCCUGCACGCCCGACGACGACUAGCACGACGCAGCGCCCGAGCACAGCAGGGAGCGAUGCGCGCCCAGGUGCCGACUCGGACUUUGGCGUGCUCACAGGCGCGGGGUCGGGAGCGGUUGUGACGCCGACCGUGGGCCGGAGGUCGCGCGCGGGUACACUGCAGACAAACCGGUUUACGAUCGUCAAUGCAGCCGAGAACGAGAUCCCGGAGGAGGAAGAGAGCACGGGGACAGGGCAGUCGCAGCCGCAGUCGCAAUCGCAGCCGCAGUCGGCAGCGGCGAAGCCGUGGCUCUCGGCGGAAGAAGAAAAGGCGGCGCUGUACCAGCGGGCGGUGGCGAACGUCGAGCGGGUGCAGGGCGGGAUUGAUCGUAUGCCCAGUGUGCAGUCUGUUGGUAUUGCGUCGUCGUCGCCCGUCACCCCGCCUGCUCAACGUUCGGUCUCAGCAAAGGCGACGUACUGGCCCACAGCCGAGGAGGAAAAAGUGCGACUCUUCAACCAGGCGCAGAGCAAGGCAUCGAUCACGCAGGGCUUCGCCUCGCCAGAAGCCUCGCCUCCCGCGAGCCAGCAAUCGCAUGCUCGGACGGACUCGAAGGACUCGGGGCGGAAUGUACAGCGGAACCAGUACACCGGGACGCAGCCGUCGCUCUCUGCGGGCGCGGCGCUCUAUUCGGCGGCAAUGUCAUCGGUGAACAAACACCUGCCCGCACAACAGGCGAGCUGGUCCACUCCCAAGCAGUCACCCCCAGCAUCACGUUCACAAGGCCAAACACAUGCGCCUCCAGCGCCCGCCGCCGGGCCCGCGCGCUACCUCUCUGCGGAGGAAGAAAAAGAUGUCCUCCGGCGGUAUCACGACGCGCGGAAUGCGGUCGCGCGCCAUCAGGAAGUGAACUUUGGCCUUGUGGACGGCGCGAUGGAGUCGUCGUCCAGCCAGAUACCCGCCCACGACCCAAACCUUUCACGCUCGUAUUCAAUCACUUCUGCUCAGGCCCCCGUUGGCGAUGAUCUGCCGCCGCCGUGGGUUCCUAGCACCGAGUUUCCACAGAAUAGCAUGUCCGAAAAGGAGCGCUAUCGGCAGGCGUUCGAAGCGCGGGAGGCGGCCGCAGUCGCGGCGGCGGCAGUAUAUUCUGGGUCAUCGCCACCUCCACCACCGAGGCACGCAUCUCCCCCUCCUGCACCGGCUGGCCAACCUCUCUCCGCUGCGGCUGAGAAAGAGCUACUCCGACAACAAUAUUCGUCGCAAGACGCGGCAGCGGCAGCGGCCCCCGUCCCGUCCUCCCCACCACCUGCCUUCUAUUCCCCGCCACAAGCAUACGAGCUCCCAGCCCACCUGCGCUCCCGCCCAACGCCGGCACUUCCGGCGCCACCCAACAGCGGGAGCGCGCCCAAUCGCCCUUUGACCGCUGCGGAGGAGAAGGCGAUGUUGCGCGCUAGGUAUGAGGCGGAAGAGCGCGGCAACGGGGCGAGCAGUGCGGAUCCCAACCCUAGCUCGCAACCACCGCCCCCUGUGGUGUUUAGCCUGCCGCCGCCGAGCCCCGAGCCUGCGCCGACCCCGCCGCCGCUGAUGCCGCGUCCGCCAUCCGACUACAUUCAGGAGACGCAAGAUGAGGACGCGCGGUUGAUGGCGCUCGGAACGGAUUCGGUCGGUGGGCUCGACCUGGAUGUACUGGGGAGUGACGACACGUUCGGACUCAGGCUGCGCCCGGCGUCGCCGUUCACGCUGGGCGUCGGGUUCGACUCGCUCAACGGCAUGUCGAGCAUGAACGGGAGGGCGAUGGCCGACCCACCGCCAUUGCCGCCCAAGGUUCCUUUGACUGACUACUGAUUAUGAUACCCCCGCGAGCUCGCUCCAGACGUUCUUUUGAAAUCUGUUUCUGAUCUAUGUAGCAUGUCCUCUCUUGUCCCCUGAUGCGAUCUACCGCGCAGGCGUUCACUCAUCUCUGCCUAUAGCCUUCACCCUCGUUUGCUCCCGACGUUUUCUGUUCACCUAUCUAUUGGGGGUUUGUUUGUUACCGGUACAUUAUAGCGACGGGGUGCUGUUUUAAUCUGACACGUAUGGAGGUUGCUAUAUAUUUAUUGACUCGGCGUGUGGUCUUUCAUUAAUAUUUUUUUCUAUCUCCGGAUUUCGAUGAACGCAGUCCUGCGCCAUUUGCUGGUC